AUGACUACCGAGUUGGGUGCCGUGCCUGCACAGGGCAAGAUGAGCGGCUGGCUCUUCUUUAGUAUCUUCGUCAUUUCGAUGGGUUCCAUCUUCUGGGGAUAUGAUAUCGGUAUUCUAAGCACCAUCUACGUCUCCCCCGGCUUCAAUAAAGCCCUGGACCAUCCAUCAUCUAGCGAGAAGGGUCUCAUCACAGCUAUCUUCGCCGCUGGCCAAUUUGCCUCUUUCGCCCUCCUCGCUGGUCCCAUUAACAACAAGUAUGGUCGAAGAUGGGCUGGCUUUGGUGGUGUUUGCCUCCUCUGCGUCGGAGCUGCGAUUCAGACCGGUGCCGUUCACCUGGCCAUGAUGGUUAUCGGACGAAUCAUCGCUGGUGUUGGAACAGGUGUUGUAUCCACUGCUGUCCCGCUGUAUCUCAGCGAGAUCUCACCAGCCAAGCAUCGUGGUCUCUACGUUGCUGCUAACCAGGUCGGCAUUGUCUCUGGUAUCUCUAUGGCUUUCUGGGUUGGCUACGGCUACUCCUUCUGGGACUACGGUAAUGGCAUCGAUCUUGAAUGGCGCCUCUCUACCGCCAUGCAGUUCGUCCCCGCUCUCCUCUUCCUCGGUGGUGUCUUGUUCAUUCCUGAGAGCCCUCGAUGGCUCGUCGAAACAGACCAAGUCGAAGCCGCGAGCGAGUCCCUCUGCAAGCUCCGUGGUCUCUCUGCCACCGAAAUCCAACCCGAACUUGACGAGAUCCGCGCCAAUAUCCUCUGGCAUCAGGAGAACUCCAUCACCUCAGCCCGCGUCUUCAUUCAGCAAAAGCCACUCUGGUCCCGACUCUGGCGUGCUUGGUCUCUUGCAUUCCUCCAGCAGAUGAGUGGUGCCGCUGGUAUUCGAUACUACCUCCCCACCAACUUCAUUGCUGCUGGUACCUCUGAGGAAUUGAGUCUGCUUGCUUCUGGUAUCGAUGGAACUGUGCAGGUGGUCUGCACUGUUGCAGCCAUGUUCUUCAUUGACAAGCUUGGCCGAAGACAUUCUCUUGGCAUUGGAGCUAUCAUCAUGGCGUUCUGCUUGAUGAUUAACGGUGCCCUGCAAACCGCGUAUCCCGGCCAGAACAACCAAAGCGCCAACUACGUUAACAUUUUCUUCAUCUUCUUCUUCACUGUCGGAUACAGUAUGGGCUUCGGACCCUGCGCUUGGAUCUACGCCUCCGAGAUCUUCCCCGCCAACUGCCGCUCCAAGGGUCUCGCUAUUUCCUCCUCCGGCUCAUCCCUCGGUUCGAUCAUCGUGGGUCAGGUCUGGCCCGUUGCUGUUUCCCGCAUCGGACCUCGCGUCUAUUUCAUCUUCAUGGCUUUCAACGUCUUCGCCGCCAUUCUUGUCUAUGCUUGCUACCCCGAGACCAAGAACAAGACUCUGGAGGAGCUGGAUUCGCACUUCGGAUCCCUCAAUGUUCAUUCUGAGGAGGACGCUACGCCUAAGCAGAUGCUUGGGGCUGAGGAGGAGCGAGUUGAGGUUAGGGAUAAGUCUGUGUGA